ACCCAAAAUCAGCUCCACAAUCACAUCAAGAGCUGCAACCAUGAUAAAUAUGAGACUCUGGUGAAGAUUAAGACUGAACAUGAGGAUCUGACGCCCACCAGAAGCUCCAGUAAUCAGCAAACGUCCUCUGGUACUGUCAGCAUUAACACCUCCCUCAGUCCCACACAGGAAGAAGGAAACGUCUGCUCACAGUGUGGGAAGAGCUUCAGAUUCCAGAGUGCUCUCAAAAUACACCAGCGCAUUCACAUAGGAGAGAAACCGUAUCAGUGCUCACAGUGUGAAAAGAGUUUUAAUCAUAAGAGUGCUCUUAAAAUACACCAGCGCAUUCACACUGGAGAGAAACCAUAUCAGUGCUCACAGUGUGGGAAGAGUUUUAUUACACAGAGUCAUCUCAAAAUACACCAGCGCAUUCACACUGGAGAGAAACCGUAUCAUUGCUCACAGUGUGGGAAGAGUUUUAUUACACAGAGUCAUCUCAAAAUACACCAGCGCAUUCACACUGGAGAGAAACCGUAUCAUUGCUCACAGUGUGGGAAGAGUUUUAUUACACAGAGUCAUCUCAAAAUACACCAGCGCAUUCACACUGGAGAGAAACCGUAUCAGUGCUCACAGUGUGAGAAGAAUUUUUAUUGUCAGAGUCAUUUAAAAAAACACCAGCGCAUUCACACUGGGGAGAAACCGUAUCAGUGCUCACAGUGUGGAAAGAGUUUUAAUAUACAGGGUAAUCUUAAAGUACACCAGCGCAUUCACACUGGAGAAAAACCAUAUCAGUGCUCACAGUGUGGAAAGAGUUUUAAUAUACAGGGUAAUCUUAAACUCCACCAGCGCAUUCACACUGGAGAGAAACCGUAUCAGUGCUCACAGUGUGAGAAGAGCUUUACUGGACAGAGUGAUCUGAAAAAACACCAGCGCAUUCACACAGGAGAGAAGCCAUUUCAGUGUUCAGAGUGUGAAAAGAGUUUUACUCAAAGCAGUAACCUUAAAGUACACCAGCGUGUUCACACAGGAGAGAAGCCGUAUCACUGCUCGGAGUGUGGAAAAAGUUUUAGUCAACGAUGUACACUCCAACAACACCAGCGAAUUCACACAGGAGAGAAGCCGUAUCACUGCUCAGAGUGUGGAAAGAGUUUUAUUCGAAGUAGUGACCUUAAAGUACACCAGCGUGUUCACACUGGAGAGAAGCCAUAUCACUGCUCAGAGUGUGGAAAGAGUUUUGCUCAACAUGUUAACCUAAAAAAACACCAGCGUAUUCACACAGGAGAGAAACCGUAUAACUGCUCUGAGUGUGGAAAGAGUUUUGCUCAACAGGGUACCCUUCAAAAACACCAGCGUGUUCACACAGGAGAGAAACCAUAUUACUGCUCAGAGUGUGGAAACAAUUUUGCUGAACAUGGUAGCCUUCAAAACCACCAGCGUAUUCACACAGGAGAGAAACCAUAUCACUGCACCGAGUGUGGAAAGAGUUUUACUCAAAGUAGUGCCCUUAAAGUACACCAGCGUAUUCACACAGGAGAGAAACCGUAUUACUGCUCAAACUUUCAUCACUGCUCAGAGUGUGGGAAGAGUUUUACUAUGCAGAGUCAUCUCCAACGACACCAGCGCAUUCACACAGGAGAGAAACCAUAUCACUGCUCAGAGUGUGGAAAAAGUUUUACUCAACAAUGUAAACUCCAACAACACCAGCGUAUUCAUACAGGAGAGAAGCCAUAUCACUGCUCAGAGUGUGGGAAGAGUUUUUCUCGUCAGAAUAUGCUCCAAAAACACCAGCGCAUUCACACAGGAGAGAAGCCAUAUCAGUGUUCAGUGGCCAAGUGUGAAAAGAGUUUUACUCAACAGGGUAACCUUCAAAAACACCAGCGUAUUCACACAGGAGAGAAACCUUAUCACUGCUCAGAGUGUGGAAAGAGUUUUGCUCAACAGGGUACCCUUCAAAGCCACCAGCGUAUUCACACAGGAGAGAAACCACAUCACUGCUCAGAGUGUGGAAAGAGUUUUACUCAAAGUAGUGCCCUUAAAGUACAUCAGCGUGUUCACACAGGAGAGAAGCCCUAUCACUGCUCAGAGUGUGGAAACAGUUUUGCUGAACAUGGUACCCUUCAAAAACACCAGCGUAUUCACACAGGA